UACGUUAGUAAUCAAUUGCAACUCCAACAGCAUAGACAUUUCUCGUCUUUAAAGCGCGUCUAGUCGUUGUGUUUUUCUUAAAUCCAUAAACGUGUAUAUUUUUUUUAACCCCCCAAAAAUUCAAACACCAUAAAACGGAGGAUACUCUAUAAAGUGUAUUAAAUAAAAAACAUUAACACCAACAACAAGUUUCUACGUUUCUACUAAAAAAUUUUAGUUUAGUCAACGUUUUGGUUUAUUGUAAAAAACCUCAUAAAAGUUGUUGGUUUAUAAAACAGUUUUGUAUAAAACAGUUUUAUUUUGUUUUAAAGCAAUACCCCUCUCCAAAUACCCAUAACACACAUACACACUAACACAGCCAAAAUGAGGCCAUAUUUAAUAACAUUUGCCUGUCUCUGCUCUGCCCUCGCUUUUGUAACAGCCGUACCAGUGCCUGCCUCCAAUCAGGAACUAGAUGUGCUACAGAUUCCACUAUCAAAUGGAAAGGAAUUGGAUGUUUUAACAUUGGGCUCCCGAGACCAAGAACAAUUAAUAGCAGAACGUAAUAAAAGAACAAUAGGUUUAUUACGUGAUCUGUUUCCCGAUAUAACUAAGAAUGGUGCCACUGAUACACAAAUUGAUUUAUCGGCCAUUAACAAACAAUUGGAAGAAACCAUACGUGUUGCCAGACAAGUCAAAGAAGCUGAAGCCGCCGCACAAGCUGUAGCUGCUCUCCAACAACAACAACAACAACCUGCUCAACUUCCCAUUCCAUCGCCCAAGAUUGAAGAGACCAUACAAUUGAGUUUCAACAAUGAAUUGAAUAACAUCGAUAAGCCCAAAUCGAUUAGUAAUGAAUUACAAUUGAGCGAUUCCAAGUCACCUGCCAUCGAUGAAUUGACUUUGGAUUCAAAUGAAGAUUCUGCCGAUUUGGACGAUAGAAACAAGAGCAAUAUUUUCAAAAGGUUUUUGCAAUUCGGCGGUGCCGGUUUAGCUGGCGGUGCUAGCGGUGGCUCAAGUGCCGGUGGUGCUGGAGGUGCAGGCGGCGCUGGAGGUUCCGGUAACUUCUUAUUCGAUAUUGUUAGACUUUUCUCUGGUAGCGUGCAAACUCAAGCAGGUGAUGAAGCAGCCAACAGUGUAAGCAGUUCCUCAGACAGUGAUUCCGAUAGCGAUAGCAAUCGUUCAAAUGAUGGUUACACGGAAGGUAUUCCCGGCCCUGUAACCAGAUUAGUCGUUUUAGCUAACAGAGGUUUGGCCAAUUUGGUACAAGAUUUGAUUUUGCGUGUGGCUGCCACAAGUGAGAAAUUCGUUAACUUCAAGGCCAAACUCAUUACUGCUCUCAUUUAAAUCUUCAGCUUUGUUCACACUUACUUCUUUUACUAUCAACAGUUGUUUCAUUUCAAAAUUAGUCAAAUUUAUCUACUAUUUUUAUACUCUACAAAACAACGAAAUUCUUAAUUUACUUUACAACAAAAAAAACUUUUUUUAGUUUAAUUUAUUUUUUGCAAAAAAAACACGAAGAACAAGAUAAAAUUAGUUAAACAAAAAAACUUAAUUCACACAAAACUUUAUUUCACACUAUUCAUCACUAUUUUUUUUUAAUUUUAUUUAUUAAAAAAACAAAACAAACUACGAACAAAAUUUAACCAAUUUGUUUAAAUGGAAAUUUUAAAAACUAUUACUAACAGUAGAUAGUUAAACAAACAAAAACAAAAAAAAAACGAUCGUAGCCUAUAUUUUGUAGUAUGCUGCUUGUAAAUAUGAAAUGCCUUUUUAAUUAUUUUUGUAGUAUUGUUUUUAUAAUUUUUUUCCUAUUUUUGUAAAAGUUUCCUUAUGUAUUUUUUCUUUAAACAAAACAAAUAUGACUGUGGUGUUUUAUAAACUAUUAUUAUACUAUUAAAUUGUUCCCAGUUUGUAAACGUAAAGAAAAAAAUCAAAAUCCUUCAUUAAAGUAAAAUCGAAAAAAGUAGAAUUUUGUAGUUAAACACAUUUAGUAUUCAGUAGCAGUUAAAUAUCAUUGUAUACUUCAAAACAUUUUACAUUUACACUGUAAAAAAUUUGUAGUUAAAACAGAAAUCUGCUUAAACUUUGAAGUUGUUGUUAAACAUUUUAUAAAAUCCUAAUAUUUACUGUUAAUUCUUUUUAAAGAGAAAACUAAAGAAAAUAAUUGCCCAUUUAAAGAAAAAAUCUUAAGUUAAUUUUUUUGAUAUUAUGUUGGAAUUGUUUUUUUUUAAUUUUUUUGAUAAGUGUAAGUCAUUUUUUAUUUUAUUAGUUUUUAAGUUGUGUUAAAAAUGUAUCCUUAAUUUCUCUCAGAAAUAUAUACCAAGUUAAUUAGUUUCCGAUUUAAAUAAUUUUAAAGUUUUAAAACUUUGGUAUGGAAUUUUUAAUUAAUUUACUCUUUGUCUAUUCUAAGUAAAAUAUUAAUUGUAAUCGCAUAUUUUUUUAUCUGUGUAUAACACCAUCCCUCUUUUUCAAAUCUUUUUUAUCUGUUUUUGUAAUUACUCUUAUUGUCUGUCUCUUAUUAAUUUUUAAGUGUUGUAAAUAAAAAUAAAUAAAAUAUAGUUAAAAAUAAAUAAAAAAAAAA